AUGCCUCACACGUUGCAGACCUCCACUACUCGUACAGGACCAUAUAAUGAGGCAACAUUACAUCAUGUGGACCAUGACAGUAGCAGCACAAUCGAAAUAGUCUCUCACACUAUACUCUCUCACAUUCUACUCUCCCAAAAAAUGUGCUUCUAUCAGAUCUAUGUCUAUUCGUGCGGAUGCACGACCCCCGGCCCCUUCAAGCAAUGCCUCCCUUGCCUCGGCACCAACGUUAGGUGCACCAAAUUGGGCCUAAGGCAGCGAGAACUAGUGGGCAAUUAUUGCCCAAGACAUUUGGUCACUAGGGGAGCAAGGAUCGUUUACGUGGGGCCGGGAGGCCAAUGGCAAUCAGUUGCGGGUGAGGGGGGACAAGGGGCCGAGGCCGAGGAGGCUGAAGCCGAAGAAGAAGAUGAUGAUGAUGAGAGUGACAACAACGGCGACGAGGAGUGGCGUCCUUAG